AAUGGAUGAGCUUCAUAGCCUGGACCCAAGAAGACAAGAAUUGUUAGAGGCAAGAUUUACAGGAGUAGUAAGUGGCAGCACUGGGAGUACUGGAAGUUGCAGUGUUGGAGCUAAAGCCUCAACAAAUAAUGAAAGUUCAAAUCACAGUUUUGGAAGCUUGGGAUCUUUAAGUGAUAAAGAAUCAGAGACUCCAGAGAAGAAACAGUCAGAACCUUCCAGAGGAAGAAAAAGAAAAGCAGAUACUCAGAGUGAAAGCAGCCAAGGAAAGAAUAUUGGGGGACGUGGUCACAAGAUAAGUGAUUAUUUUGAGUAUCAAGGUGGAAACGGCUCUAGUCCAGUGCGGGGUGUACCUCCUGCAAUCAGAUCUCCUCAGAAUUCACAUUCCGCUCCUUCUUCUGUUCGACAGAAUAGUCCUUCUCCUACUUCAUUAGCUUUUGGGGACCACCCUGUCACACAACCAAAGCAGUUAUCUUUUAAAAUUACUCAGACUGAUCUCACAAUGCUGAAACUAGCUGCACUAGAAAGUAAUAAAAAUCAAGACUUGGAAAAGAAAGAAGGUCGUAUAGAUGACUUACUCAGGGCUAACUGUGAUCUUAGAAGACAAAUAGAUGAACAACAAAAGCUACUUGAAAAAUAUAAAGAAAGGCUAAACAAAUGUAUUUCAAUGAGCAAGAAGCUUCUAAUUGAAAAGAGCACACAGGAGAAGCUGGCAAGCAGAGAGAAGAGCAUGCAAGACAGAUUACGCUUGGGGCAUUUUACAACAGUUCGUCAUGGUGCUUCAUUUACUGAGCAGUGGACAGAUGGCUUCGCAUUUCAAAAUCUUGUGAAGCAGCAAGAAUGGGUGAAUCAACAAAGGGAAGACAUUGAAAGGCAAAGAAAGCUCCUGGCCAAGCGAAAGCCUCCAACUACAAAUAAUUCUCAGGCACCAUCUGCCAAUUCUGAACCCAAGCAGAGGAAAAAUAAAGCUGUGAAUGGGGCAGAAAAUGAUCCCUUUGUUAGACCCAAUUUACCACAGCUUUUGACGCUAGCAGAGUAUCACGAACAGGAAGAAAUUUUCAAACUUCGAUUAGGACAUCUCAAAAAGGAGGAAGCUGAAAUACAAGCAGAACUUGAACGUUUGGAAAGAGUAAGAAAUCUUCACAUAAGAGAACUGAAAAGAAUAAAUAAUGAAGAUAAUUCACAAUUUAAAGAUCACCCCACAUUGAAUGAACGGUAUUUGCUACUCCAUUUACUUGGCCGAGGUGGCUUCAGUGAAGUGUACAAGGCCUUUGAUCUUUAUGAACAAAGAUACGCUGCUGUGAAGAUUCACCAGCUGAACAAAAGCUGGAGGGAUGAAAAGAAAGAAAACUACCACAAACAUGCCUGCAGAGAGUAUAGAAUACAUAAAGAACUGGAUCACCCCCGGAUAGUUAAACUAUAUGACUACUUCUCCCUGGAUACAGAUACGUUUUGCACGGUGUUAGAAUACUGUGAAGGCAAUGACUUGGAUUUCUAUCUCAAGCAACAUAAAUUGAUGUCAGAGAAGGAAGCUAGGUCCAUUGUCAUGCAAAUAGUAAAUGCACUACGGUAUCUCAAUGAGAUCAAGCCCCCUAUUAUACACUAUGAUCUUAAACCAGGUAAUAUCCUUCUUGUAGAUGGAACAGCAUGUGGAGAAAUAAAAAUUACUGAUUUUGGUCUGUCCAAAAUAAUGGAUGAUGAUAGCUAUGGUGUGGAUGGAAUGGAUUUAACUUCACAGGGAGCAGGAACUUACUGGUACUUGCCUCCAGAGUGUUUUGUAGUUGGCAAAGAGCCACCAAAGAUUUCUAAUAAGGUUGAUGUAUGGUCAGUUGGAGUAAUCUUUUUUCAAUGCCUUUAUGGUAGAAAGCCAUUUGGCCACAAUCAAUCACAGCAAGAUAUCUUACAAGAAAACACAAUAUUAAAAGCCACAGAAGUUCAGUUCCCUGUCAAACCUGUUGUAAGCAAUGAAGCCAAGGCCUUUAUUAGACGCUGUUUAGCAUACCGAAAAGAGGAUAGAUUUGAUGUCCACCAGCUGGCUAAUGAUGCUUAUCUUCUCCCUCACAUGAGGAGAUCAAAUUCUUCAGGAAACUUGCAUAUGACUGGGCUAUCAGCAUCCCCUACACCACCUACUUCAAGCAUUAUUUCAUACUGAAAUUUCUCCAGCCGAGGAGUGGUAUGAUAUCUUUGUGUAGGUGCCAGAUGCAGACUUGAGCUUGGAAACAUUUAAGUGUUUUUAUUCGGGACAAGUUUGAUAACUGUGUUUUCAGACUGAAGUCCUCCUACAUAGUGUCAUUUGUAUGAUUGGAAUGGAUCAUGGACUGUGAAUAGAUACACCCUUCUUGAGAAAUACCUUUAAAUGUUGAAGGAUGACACAUAGUGUUACACACUAACAGGUAUACUGUGUUUCAGACUGAAGAAAAAAGGUUUUUAGUUUUUUCUGGGGAACAUUGUAAAUAAUCUUUUUAAUACUUAAAGUACAUUUGGUUGAUACUGGAAAGUUCUAACAUGAAGGGUAGUUUUUCAUUAUUUAAAUAAAAAGGGUAGUGAGCAAAUUUGAAAACACAGGAAAAAAUACUGUGCCUGGAUAUAAACUGAAUAAACUGCCAUCUUUAUGAGACAUUGAUCUUUUUAAACCAAAGUAAGGAGUGAGAGAUGGUAAAAGAUGUGUUCUGUAUCAGAUUCCUCAGAUAAAAUUGUAGUAUUUUAUUUGGCAACUCAGGCUUGUACCUCCAAAACGGUGGUGUUUUCACUGAAUUU